AGAGCUGUGGGACUGACAUCAAGAACUCAACUGAUCUUUGAGAAUAAAACGAUGUGGACUUUGAUUCUCCUCAUUUGUUCCAUUCCCGUUUCAGGUGCUUUAUGGGCAGAGAAAGAUGUAACGGGAAUUUUGGGAAGAGCGAUCACAAUAUCGUGUCACUACGAAGCACGGUGGUACCAGUCAUACGUGAAAUAUUGGUGUUACGGACGGACUCCUCUGUGUAACGUUAUAGCAAAAACAAAUUGGCCAAAUGGGAGAAUAUCAGUCACUGAUAAGAAAACACAAGGAAUAUUUCUUGUCACAAUCAAGAAUCUUCAAUGGAGGGAUGCCGGACGAUACAGCUGUGGGAUUGAGUUUCCUGGUAUUCACUUUGACCUCCUGUUUAAUGUAAAGCUGCACAUCUCUGAAGAAGCCGUCUCUGUUCCUGGGCUUCGAUUUUUAUCCCAACCAAAUGUCUCAUGUUCUGGGGGGUCAGUGACAAUCUCCUGUGAGUCUGCCCAGGGAUCCCUCCCCAUUCAAUACACAUGGUCUGAGAAGAUGCCAUCACAAGAUUCAAUGAUCUCUUACACCAAUAAACUGGAUCUACAUUGUCAAUCCUUCACACAGCAACAUCAUCAAUAUUACUGCACAGCCUCAAAUACUCAGGGAACAAAACCAAGUGAAAUUGUUCAUGUGUCAGUCAACAAUGUAAGAGAGAAGAACUGCAGUUAUAGGAUACAGAUCAACAGCAUCGGAAGGGAAUAUACUUGUGACAAUUUCUCAACGAUAUCACCAACAACAUCACCAAAAAUAUCACGAGGGGCAACAAGAACAUCGUCAGGACCCAAGUCUGUCAGUAAAAGUUACGUUGUCUGGGAUGUGAUACGCUGGGUACUCUUCACUCUCCUGGUGAUUUGUUCUGUUUCAGUCACAAUGUUUACACGAAAACAUUAGAUGCUGUGCCCUAUGUAUCCUGCCCCACUGACUCCCUGACAAAGGAGUAGUGCUCUGAAAGCU